UCCCUCCACAGGCUCUCUCUCUCUCUCGGGCUGGAGAAGAAGAAGAAGAAGAAGAAGAAGAAGAAGAAGAAGAAGAAGAAGAAGAAGGAGCAUGGACUUAACGACGGGAGUCGCCGUGCCGUCGACGCGCUCAGAUUUGUGAUGCCUUUCCCGUAGCUCCUCUCGCCUCCUGUUACCCAUCGCCAUGGCAACCAUCGGGGAAUUCGACCCGCUCAACACGAGAGUCCCGGCAACUAAAAUAGAAGUUACCGUCUCGUGCCGGAAUCUUCUGGAUGUGGAUACAUUCUCCAAGUCCGACCCCGUGGUCGUGCUGUAUUUACAAGGUAUAGGCACCAAAGAGUGGAGAGAGUCUGGACGGACCGAGGUGAUCGACAACACCCGCAAUCCAGAUUUUGUCAGGAAGUUUGUCUUGGAUUUCUUCUUUGAAGAAAAACAAAAUCUAAGGUUUGACGUGUACAAUGUGGACUCCAGAAGCUGCAACAUUUCCAAACACAAGGAUUUUUUGGGCCAGACGUUUUGCACCCUGGGAGAAAUCAUCGGCUCCACCGGAGGACGCCUGGAGAAGACUCUCUCUGGGAUACCAGGCAAGAAGUGCGGGGUCAUUAUCUUAACUGCCGAGGAGCUCAGCAACUGCAGGGAUAUUGCCACCAUGCAGCUGUGCGCCAACAAGCUGGAUAAGAAGGACUUUUUUGGCAAAUCAGACCCCUUCUUGGUGUUCUACCGCAGCAACGAGGACGGAACGUUCACCAUCUGCCAUAAAACAGAAGUGAUCAAGAACACGUUGAACCCGGCAUGGCAGUCCUUCACCAUCCCCGUUCGAGCUCUCUGCAACGGCGACUACGACAGGACUGUGAAAAUAGACGUCUAUGACUGGGAUCGAGAUGGAAGCCAUGACUUCAUUGGCGAGUUCACCACCAGCUACAGAGAGCUGUCUCGAGGACAGAAUCAGUUCAACGUCUAUGAGGUUUUAAAUCCCAAGAAGAAAGGGAAAAAGAAGAAGUACGUCAAUUCAGGAACUGUAACUCUGCUGUCCUUCAAAGUGGAGUCCGAGUACACCUUUGUGGAUUUCAUCCGAGGAGGGACGCAGCUGAAUUUCACCGUUGCCAUAGACUUUACAGCAUCCAAUGGCAAUCCAUCUCAGCCCACCUCCCUCCACUAUAUGAGCCCCUACCAGAUGAACGCAUAUGCCAUGGCCCUGAAAGCGGUGGGUGAGAUUAUCCAGGACUACGACAGCGACAAGCUCUUCCCCGCCUACGGCUUUGGUGCUAAGCUGCCCCCCGAUGGCAAAAUAUCCCACGCUUUCCCACUGGGUGGCGACAACGAUAAUCCCAACUGUGUGGGCAUCGACGGGGUCCUGGAGGCCUACUUCCAGAGCCUAAGAACCGUGCAGCUCUACGGACCCACCAACUUUGCACCUGUUAUCAACAAAGUGGCCAACUGUGCAUCAGAGAUAACAGAUGGCUCACAGUACUUUGUCCUGUUAAUGAUCACAGAUGGAGUUAUAUCUGAUAUGGUCCAAACCAAAGAGGCCGUGGUCAAUGCAGCAUCACUCCCACUGUCCAUAAUCAUUGUAGGCGUUGGACCGGCAGAGUUUGAUGCCAUGGAAGAGCUGGAUGGAGAUGAGGUGAGAGUAUCCUCCAGAGGGCGCCUGGCGGAGAGAGACAUUGUUCAGUUUGUUCCAUUCCGGGAAUACGUGGACAGAUCUGGAAACCAGGUCCUCAGCAUGGCCCGGCUGGCUAAGGACGUCCUGGCCGAGAUCCCGGACCAGCUGCUGUCUUUCAUGAAGAGUCGAGGGAUCGAACCGCGGCCGGCCCGCUCAACCUCGCCGCUCCCUUAGCCCGCCUUUGCGGCGGCGCCCGCAAACACUCCCUCACACGUCCUCGCCAGGGAAGUCACUCAAUCCAAGCAAUGGUCUCUCCUCGCCGCUUCAGCAGGAUCCAAACUCACAAAACUCCUGGCAAAUAUUUAUCAACCACGUUGUCCGCUAGUGCUGAUGUGUGGAAUAUUCAUUGUUGCUCUUUUUUUCACGGAAAAAUAUGGACCUUCUUUCAGCAAGACGGCUCAAAUCCAACGGAACGCCAAUUCGAUCGUAACUCGGAAGUGAAGGUCUUGUUUGCGGCAGAUUGAACGCACCAGAGUGUUUACACUGUAGAAAAGCUCAAUAAAAUGUAGUAUUUACAAUAAAAACCAAUGGCAGGUCAGUGGGCAGAAUAUAACAGUAAAACUUACGUUGUUGCAGCAUUGAAAACUGAUGCCACUCCCAUUUUGACCGCAAGAAUCCUGGGAUUUUACGGUGCAUUACGUAAAAACUGUACCGUUGUUAUUUUUACGGGAAAAUUCUGAUGACUGAGCUGACAGUUUUUUAAGGUAAAAUAUACAGGUUUUAUUUUACAAUGCAUUGCUGUCCAUUUGAAGAAAAAAAAACUGUACCGCUAUAAUUUUACGGUAAAAUUUUGGCAACCGUUAUUUAAAAAAAAAUGUAAAUCUAAAUGAAAAUCUACAGUAAAUGUUUUUAGAGUGAAUUACCGUACAAAAAAACCAGUAAAGCUGUUCAUUUUAAGGUACAAUUCUGACUGAGCUUUCAGUUUUUUAUCGUAAAAUCUACCGUAGUGUUUUUACAGUGUAUUACUGUAAACAGAAAAACGUUACCGUUUGUUAUUUUUACGGGAAAACUCAGAUGACUGAACUGACAGUUUUUUAAGGUAAAAUAUACAGGGUUUUUUUUACAGUGCAUUACUGUAAAUGGAAAAA